CCCGCAGCUUGUCGUGCUUCCUGCCUUUGCUGAGGGAGGGGACGGUGCUGACGGCUGGGAGGACGAAAGGGGAGACAAGAAAGCUUUUGGGAAGAUAUAAGAGAGUGGGGAACUGCCCGGGUUUCCACCGUCCCUCGGGAAAAAAACACCCUAAUUUGCUGUAGCUGCUGAAUUUGUCACCGAAUCGGCGCAGAAAAUGUCGACCAGUCGUCAGUUUAGCGAGAGCAGGGCCAUCCCGACCAGGACGGUGUUGAUCAACGACACAACGCAGCUACCUCAUGACUAUUGUACCACCCCUGGAGGCACUUUAUUCUCUACCACUCCUGGAGGAACCCGGAUCAUCUAUGACCGCAAGUUCCUACUCGACAGGCGUAAUUCUCCUAUUGCUCAGACUGCCCCAGCUCACCUGCCUGUCAUCCCUGGAGUGACCAGCCAAAAUGUCCUGAGAGAGAACAAGAAGAAUGAAGCCAACAACCACAUCAACAAACAUGAUGGCAAGCCCAUAACCGAUGAUGCUCAGUUUGAAAUGGACAUCUAACAGAAUGGAACCACACCAGGAAAAGCAAAUGACCUGGCAUUACACGUGCCAGUGGCUUGGCUUGUAGAAACCAAUGUUGUGUGAGCCCUCAUGGCAGCCAUCUUCUUUAGCUCUCUGUCUUGCUGCUGGAUGUAAUAUGUGUAAACCAUGGGGAUUCAGUGUAUCAUACAUACAGGUACAGUGUGGCCAACUCUGGAAACUGUUUAUUUGUAUAGAUAUUCCAUGGUUACCAGUUGCUGUACAAACAAUGAGGGAGCGGGUCUGAAUAUUAUGUGCUCACAAUGUCCAAUUAGUAGACUGCAGUGCUCAUUCUCCAGUGUGAGUCCGGAUCUUUAACAGAGCACACUGUGAAACUGAGAAUAUUCCAAGUUAAUUGGGGGAGGAAGUGGUCAUUAUUUAAUACUGGCCUUAGAAUCAGUCAAAAGCUUUGAUAUUCAUCACAGUCUUUGGUUUUGAAGACCCUUGUAAGCAUGCUAUUUUAAGUGGUUUUUAUUUCUUUUUGGUUUUUGGAACUACUUGAAAAGCUCCACAAUGUAUUAUCGGUUGUUUGGUCUGUUUAGUUUUCUUUGAUGGUAUGCAAAGGGACGCUGUGUUGCUGUUUUUUAUUUUGCAAUUAGGUGAAGAUUUCAUGGCAUUCCAAGACUUAAAUUUCCAUUUCCAUCUUU